CGCAGGUUCCCGUGCGGAGACGAAGGACGAUAAACUGGGCAAGGGCCCAUCAUCUGUGUCAUCGGUAUCGUGCGUUAAUUAGCGCGGGGGAACGUGCUGUACGCGAGGCGCGACAGUGAGAGGAUCACCCGCGAUUUGGAGCGCGUCGCGGCCGCGGCCAGGCCGGUGCGGAUCCGUACGUGGUGAGUGCCGAUCGACGCGUGUUUACCGAAGUGUCAACCCGCCCGUAUUGUAACGUGCACGCGUGUGUCUCCGUCGUCCGCCUGGGCCGCUCGGCCGAGGAAAACGGAGUCGCGGCUACGUGGUGUGAGCUGGCCCUGCGAGCGAACAAAUCACGAUUGCUGGUCUCUCUCGCAGCUUUCGGUGCGCUCAGCAGCAGGAGAGAGAAAGAGGACGAGAAAGAGAGAGGGAGACGAACUGACGGUCAGAGCGAAGGAGCGACAGAGAGAGAGGGAGAGAGAGAGAGAGAGGCGGAGGGAGGGAGGUAGAGCAAGAGAGAAAGAGAGGGAUCUCGAGAUCCGAGACUCUGGAAGCGGAUGCGAAAGGGAAGAGAGAGAUCGUCGGGCUCCGAGGACAGACGGCAGCCUUUUCACGCGGCGGGCUCCUGCCCGCAGCAGCAUGUCCGAGUGCACACUGAUCCGCUCGCUGUCAGAGGAUGAUGCGUCGUUGUGUGAACCCCACGACCCACGGAGAAGAUAGAGAAUACCUUUCUGACUUAGAAAAAAGAGCUUUGUGCAAUACAUGGCAAUGACACACAGGCUCACAAUUGUAAACUGUCGCAAUAAAUAUGCUGAAAUACUCAGGAGGCAUGAGAAUGUUUACAAUGUACUGUGAAGACCUUGGAUUUUUGUCAGAACAAGGAAACUAAGUUACUGCCUGCCAACAAUAGCACACCCACGCUUGUCACCUGUUCAGUGAAUGUCGUGAUGAUAAUAAUUUAAUGGCUGUCAGGAGGGUUCUAAUGGACAGUCCAUGUUAAACACAUGAUAUUCAAAUAAAACAGGCUAUCCUAUAGCUAUGAAAUACUCCUAACUCUUAAUGAACAAAUCAGGAACAAGGACCUAUGAAAUUGAUUGAAUCUAUAAAUCUAAAAAAAGAGUAAAAAAUAUAAUUCUAACGACUCUAUUUUACUACACUAAUCAUUAUUAACCGAUGGUUGGAAUACUCUAUGAUAUUCUGUCCUAUGAAUCGUGCGCUAUUCUAUAACGGAUUUAAGAAGGACCUAUUAUAGGAAGAAAUAAUUUGGAAGGGCUUUACAAUUUCUUAUUAAUAUGCUUUACGACCAGAGAAGAGAUAUACUUGCAAAUUUUUAAUUUGUCACGCAGAUUUAUUUUUAAAACUAUAAUGAUACAUGUAAUUAAAAUUGAUUGACUCUUGAGACUUGGCCAGCUGCAAGUGUAUUUUUGGCAAGAGUAAAUUGUAUAAUACAAAUUACGGCGGAUGCUACAUAUUAUAAUCGAUACGUGUAAAUAAUCAUAAACACUGAUAUCUUAUAUUAUUGCAAAUUUGUAAAACAAAAUGUAUAAUAAUUAUUUUAAACGCUUAAAUCAGUGGUUGUAUAUAACGAGUAAGCAAGAAGCAGUAGGAAAAGCGGCAUAUUUGAAAUACUGUAUAGAUGAUAGAGGACAUACUUGUUAACCCUCAUAAAUACAAGGGUUAAAAAAGAUGGACAACUGUGGAUCUGGAGUAGUGCAAGUAUUUGUGGGUGAAUGGAGCCCUGAAUAUGAGGCACUAUCCAUUAAAGCCACGAAGCAGACUUCAUCGGCCGAGAUAGUGGAAUGUAUUAUCGAAAGACUCGGAUUAGUUGACGCUUCUGUUUCGAACGGCUAUGAGUUAGCAGAAGUAGUAGGAAAUUCUGUUGGGCAGGAGUGCAAGGAAAGACGACUUGGCCCUACUGAGUGCCCGGUGGCACUCAUGUUACUGUGGCCGAAAAAUGCCGCCCAACAGGAAUAUUAUAGGUUUUACUUACGAAAGAAGCAGCCGGACUAUUUAUGGUCCGACAGUAGAUUUCCUAUGGAUCCUCAACUUUUGAAGGACUAUUUCAACAGAUUCCUUUAUCAACCACGUGACAAGGAAUAUCCGGAUCUGUGCCAGCUUCCAGACCUGAACGAGCAAACGCUGUUGGACAACCUGAGAGCCAGGUUUCUGGCUGGCAACAUAUACACCUACGUUGGCAGCAUACUGAUUGCCUUGAAUCCGUUCAAAUUUUACCCUAUCUACAAUCCGAAAUACGUGAAACUAUAUCAAAACAGAAGAUUGGGGCCGGACAUACCUCCGCAUAUAUUUGCCAUAGCCGAUGCAGCUUAUCAUUGUAUGCUCAAGGAGAAAAAGAAUCAGUGUAUCGUUAUUAGCGGUGAGAGCGGUUCCGGUAAAACGGAAUCGACGAACUUCUUGUUGCAUCAUUUGACGGCGCUCAGUCAGAAGGGUUCGCACGGUAGCGGAGUGGAGCAGACGAUACUCAGCGCUGGUCCUGUCCUAGAAGCGUUUGGUAAUGCGAAAACAGCGCACAACAAUAACAGCAGUCGCUUCGGCAAAUUUAUUCAAGUAAACUAUAAGGAAAAUGGAAUGGUCCAUGGUGCUGUGGUUCAAAAAUAUCUCUUGGAGAAAUCAAGGAUUGUCUCUCAAGGACGGAAUGAAAGAAAUUAUCACGUGUUUUACUACCUGCUGGCUGGCGCGAGCGAGCAAGAAAAACAGCUGUUACACUUGGAGAGCUGUGAUCGGUAUAAUUACUUAAAUAAAAGCGGUUGUUACGGGCUGGAGAAUAUCGACGAGAGGCACGAGUUCUCACGAUUGAAACAGUCCAUGGAAAUGGUGGGUUUCACACCAGAGAAGCAGAGGCGGCUCUUCGCAGUUUUGUCGGCGGUCCUUCUGUUAGGUAACGUCGAGUUUCAUCCGAGAAAGUCGUAUCACCAUCACGACGAGGCUGUAGGUGUUAAGAAUCCUGAAGUAGUUGCCCUGAUAUCGGAGCUUCUCAGAGUCAAGCAAGAAACUCUAUUGGCGGCGCUUACAGCCAAACGUGCGAGAGCUUCCGGAGAAACUCUAGUUAUUAAUUAUAGGCUUCCCGAGGCAAUUGCGGCACGUGACGCCAUGGCGAAGUGUCUGUACGGAGCUCUGUUCGAUUGGAUCGUGCUGCAGGUCAAUCAUGCAUUGCUUUCUAAAAAGGACACCCUUAGAGACCAUCAGGGCCAUAGCAUAGGUGUACUAGAUAUAUUUGGCUUUGAGGAUUUCAAAACAUGCAACAGUUUCGAGCAACUUUGCAUCAAUUAUGCGAACGAACAGCUGCAGCAUUAUUUUAAUCAACAUGUUUUCCAAUACGAGCAACGAGAAUAUCGCAAGCAGGGCAUCAGAUGGACAGACAUAGGAUACAGCGACAACUCGGGAUGCCUCAAUCUCAUCGAGGGAAAACCGAACGGUCUCCUGUGUCUCCUCGAUGACCAGUGCAAUUUUCCCGGCGCUACGAACGAGACGUUGCUGCAAAAAUUUAACACUGUGCACAAAGAGAAUCCGUUCUACGAGGCGCCCCAGCGCCGAGAAGCGGCGUUCGUUGUACGUCAUUAUGCCGGCUCGGUUAAGUACCAAGCCGCCAAUAUGCGAGAAAAGAAUCUAGACUUGAUGCGACCUGACGGUGUAGUCGGAGUUCUGAAAAACUCGUCCCUCGCUUUCGUGCGAGAAUUAGUCGGCGCCGACCCGGUCGCCGUGUUCAGAUGGGCCAUACUGCGAGCCUUCUUUCGCGCUCACUUUGCAUUUCAAGAGGCUGGCCGAGCGCACAGGCACGGCAGAGUUGACGGAAACAAGACGUCCGUACAAAAUAGAUACAGAACGCCCAACGAGAACUUAAUAAGUUCGCACAAACACACUCGUCCGCCGAGUUAUCAGAAGCAGCGCAGUGUAUGCUUACCACCGACCGCUCCUUCCGCCACAUUACCUCCUAUACAAAUCGAAAACAACGACAAUAUAAACAACAAUCGCCUAUCGUGGCCACAGUUUAGAAACAUUAAUCAGACGCAACACCCGUCGAACGUUACAUCGGCGAAGGGUUACGUAAUACGGGGCAGGGAAGACCAGCCCUAUAGUAAUAAUAAAUUCAGACGAGAUACUCACACACCGCUAGAGAGGGUGCUUCCAAAAGACGAAGCGAACGUCAUGGAACGCGCUAAUCAGAUCGUCAUGAAAAACAAAUCGUUCCGGCCGAGGGAACGCGGCAAAAAGGGUUUGAAAAAUCUACAAACUGUGAAGACGCUCGCCGGGAGGACUCAGAGUUACGGUACCGGGCCCGGGAAGGCCAGGAAACAGCCGAUGACAGUAUCCGCGCAAUUCCAACAGAGCUUGCACAGUCUGAUGGACACUCUGAAUCAGGCUAAUCCUUUCUUCAUCAGGUGUAUCAAAAGCAACGCGAAUAAAGUUCCGAACGAAUUCGACGAGGAAACGGUGCAACGACAGUUGCGCUACACGGGAAUGUUGGAGACCGUCAGAAUAAGGCAGGCUGGCUUCAACGUGCGACUGACGUACGAGGAAUUCAUACAGCUGUAUCGAAUGCUGCUUCCCAAGGGCCUUCUGAGCUCCCAGUCCGACGUGAGAGACUUCUUGUUGACUCUCAAUCUCAAUCGGGACAAUUAUCAGCUGGGCACCACAAAGGUCUUCCUCAGAGAGUCCGAGAAGAUCAAGCUUGACAUUGAACUGCAUCAACAAAUCAUAACGAGCAUCACCACGAUACAGAAAUGGUUCCGUGCCUGUCUGGAGAGGAGGAAAUUCCUCCGGCUGAAGAAUGCUGUUGUUCAAAUACAAUCCUUCUGGAGGAUGGUCACCGCGCAGAGACUCGCCCAAGUGAUCCGCGCGAGAACAGAGGCCGUAUUGCACAUACAGACCGCUUGGAGGAUGUACAAACAGCAUAGUUGGUUUAAGAAGCUGAAGUCAUGCGCGGUCACCUUCCAAGCAUACGUUAGAGGCAAUAACGCCAGAAAGAGGUUCAGUGAAUUGAAGAAGCAGAAAAGGCCAGAUAAACUUCAAGAGAUCAAAGAGCCCGAGGAGUUCAAGCAGCUUUGUUACCGACAUCUUAUAUAUGACAACAAAGUGUGCGCCAAAGAUCGGGACAGCGAAGAGCCGUUUGCGGAAGAUCGCAGUCUGACGGAUUACGGUGUGUCUCCUCGGAAAGUCGAAUCUCAGAACCGGUUGACGCCGGCAAGGAGUGAUAACGUCCAUCGAGAGGGCGCGGUGGAUACGAGCAUCUCGUAUUCCAAACGGAAGCUCACGCCAAACAAGCGAAUCCUGCACGAACCGUUGAAGACCACGGAAACGUAUCACUCUGAUGAAAUUGCGGAACGCAAGAGCAGCCUUGAGAGCUUGACGAGUCUGAGGAGCUACGAAUCUCAAGCCAGCAUCAACAGCUCCGAGUCGCAAGAUAACUCGAGCUCGAAACCAGUGCCGAGCACGAGGACGAAGCGCGGCGAUCACUCGCCGGUGGUCGCGUCGAAUGUGAACUUGAUGAACGCGUCCAGUCGGCUCUCUUCGGUCAGCAGAAGAACCGACAGCUCCUCGACGGGGUACAGCGACGGCGAGACCGAGAGCGAGACGCUCAACGUCGUGCAGAGCGCCCCGCCGGUCUUCAACACCAGCCCGCCGUUUCACAGUUCGCGCGAGAUGAAGUAUCACCCAUCCAACGUGAAUCUGGCGCACAGUCCGAAUUCGGAGAUUUGGCGGCGCAGAGUGGACUAUUCGCCCGCUAAUUAUGGUGACUACUUCAUGUUGGUGCCCCCGAAAGCGACCGUCACUCGUUCCCCGAACGUUUCCCACUAUAAGAACGUGACCGACGGCGUGUUCGAGUCGACCCGACAGCAAGAGAAGCCGAACGAAGCGGCGAACUUCAACGUCAAGCUCGACACGAGCGAUCGAUUCGUACAGAUGGAGAACUUGGCGAGCUCCAGGCAGCAACGUAGACUCAGUGACAACAGCGUACCUGAUGAAAGAACGGAGAACGUUCCGCCGGCGAAACGGGACCACAUACACGGACCUAUGAAGAACGUGAAAGACCUCGGCUACUUGCGGCGACAGAACUCGGAAGGAGACACCUCGACGAAGGUGGUGGAUGUCGCCAAUGAAGACGGUGCUUUGAAGAGUUCUUUGAUGAGGGGCUCGUCUCCGAAGGAGAAGAACUCACGAUCGAAGGAAAAACAUGAGCCGGAUGUACCGGUGAGAAGCGCCAGACGGAACAGGCCGUCGAGGGAGGUCCAGUGCCGAUCCAUGGGCGAGAGCGUGACUGAGGCGAACACCGAGACGCGAAAUCUCUUCCUCGGCACGAUCAAGGAAAGCGACUUGAACAAAACGUCGCACGUAUGGUCCCGGAAAGAUUACUCGCACGAGGCUACGUCCAGAUCCGUCACCGAUUGGCCCAUAAAUAAGAACGAGGCCGCGUACAAAGGGCAACAGCCUGGUAAACGUAUGAGAUCCAACGCUAUCACGAAUCUUGAGCUAAGGAGACGAAACUCGGACCCGGCUACGAAGAUCUCGGGCUUGAACGAGGACAAGAUAGGUUCGGACACCAGUCCCAACGACAUGAAACUCGCCCCUGCCAUGAACCUUCUCGAAUGGAAGGGCAAUCUGUUCACCCUGGCCGGUCAUCGCUUCAGGAAGGUCGCGAGAUUCUCGAAGGACGACGUAUGCGUGUGUUGCUCCGAGAAGAUGGACGCGUUCGUGACGCAGGGUUACAAGUGCAUCGACUGCAAGCAGUUGUAUCACGUGAAGUGCAUUCAAAACGGUGGAGUGCUGAAGAUGCCGUGUAUAUCGGCCAACACACCGAACAGACGGAAAAAUAGAAAGCCACCGCGCACACCGUACGACACUACGAAGCAGACGGUGGCGUCCAAGUUCAGUUUGACCGGCACCUCCGCCUUCUCCGACAGCACGGACAAGAUCAUUUCCGAUGCCAAGGAGUUGGCACUGAUGCAAGACUUCAUUACCAAGAAGAUCUACAUCAUGGAGGGGCAGGAGGAGGGACGGAAGCCGAGCGAGGUGGACCGUGUUUUCAAGCACGCUCUCAGGAAGUUCAAGGAUGACCUGGUGAUCACGUAUAGCGUCGCCAUUCAUCAGCAAGGCGUGGAGGGCAACAUCAAGUACACCGACUUGAUCGCCAACUUUCUUCACGUUAUGGAGACCGUCUGCAAGCAGGAGAACACGAGGGAAGAUUUCCCGGUAACGAUGGGUGUGAAUGCAUUCAGGGGCUUCAUGAAUGAAUUCAUGACGAUCGUUAAAACCGAGGCCCCCGAGAAGCAAAGCAAGAGCAAACGGAAGAAGGAGAAGAAGCGGAAGCAGGAGGAGCCCAUACGGCACGGCAAUCACAUGUUCCAGUUGACUAUUAUCAACAUACCGACCGCCUGCGAGGUCUGCACGUCCUUCUUCAUGUGGCCGAUCGAGCGAGGACUCGUUUGCCAAAACUGCAAGCUGACGUGUCAUAAGAAAUGCUACAUGAAGGCGGCGGCAGAAUGCGGCAAGGAAGGCUCGCUAUCGGACACCAACUCGCGCAAGGUGUUCGGCGUGCCGCUCUACAAACUGGACUGCGGUGACGGUAAAGUGCCGCUCGUAGUAGAUCGUCUGAUCACGACAAUCGAGAUGCACGGUCUCUACACCGAAGGUAUAUACCGAAAGAGCGGCGUCAGUUCCAAGGUAAGGGAGCUCAAGAUGAAGAUGGACGAGGGCGACUUGGAGAAAGUGGACUUCGAGAACUAUCAAGUGCACGUAUUAGCUGCGGUACUGAAGAGCUUCUUCAGGGACAUGCCGGAACCGUUGCUGACCUACGAGUAUUACGACGACUUCCUGCACGCGGCCAAUUUGACGGACCCGCACGACAGGAUCAGCACGCUCUUUGCCAUACUGAAGAAGCUACCGAAGCCGAAUUUUGAUCUGAUGGAACGCCUGAUCGUCCAUCUGGCGCGAGUGGCGCGGCACGAGGUGGAUAACAGAAUGUCGCCGUCGGCUUUGGCCAUAGUCUUCGCGCCGUGUAUCCUCCGGACGAACAGGACGUUGCCCGCGCAAGACUCCCUUCAAGACGUGGGUAGGCAGACACGUUGCGUCGAGACGAUCGUGCAGGAGAAAUUGCGGGUCGUCAGGGCGACGUUGGCGGACAUUAAUACCCUGGAGUCCGCCUGUCACACGGCGACUCAUAGACUGUCCAGUCUACGAUCGUCCAAGAUCUUCAGUCCGGAGGAACUAAACGCGGCCACUCCGAGCGUCGCGGGUAGAGGAGGCGCGAUGGAUCGCGACAGAGAUCGAGGGGACGAAGAAGAGGAGUUACUCGGUCACAUACAAGAGAUUCAGAAGGAAAAGGCUCUCUUGACAUCCACCCUACCUAGUUUGACGAGGGCUUCCUCGGAUGACGAUCUCCUCCUGUCGGCCACGGAUUUGGACGACGGAUCCCUCGACGAUCUUCUGCCGCCUUCCGCUGACGGACUCGUAAGGAAGAAGCCCAUUCAAAGGCAGAGUUCGGCAGACAAUACGUUUCCGACGAUUAUCAAUAUUGACGAGGACAUGGUAAUGGUAUAAACAUCGGCCGCGAAUAACGUUUCACAUGCGUUCUAAACGGUAUAGUAGUGCGAAAGAUGGUGCGAGAUGGUGUCGUGUGUUAGGGCAAGGAAUCAACGACCCCUAUCGCUAAAUAACUCAUGACUCAGCGAAUUAUUAGUGUUUUGACUCAUUAGUAGACGCAAUUCUAGAUAGCUCUCGUAAUUUGUUGACUCCGUAAAAAAGUUUAACUGUGCGACUGAAAUCAUUUCGUUCUCUUGUCGUCGAAGCCAGUAGAGAGAGAUGUCCGAUACGCUAAUCCCAUACGAUACGUGUGUGUGUGUAUGUGUGUGUGUGUGUGUGUGCGCGCGCGCGCGCGUGCAAGAAAGGAAGAGAGAGAGAGAUGAGAACCGCACAAAUUUUACUUUCGCCACUUGAUUUUAUUCGCAAUGCAUUCCUCUUUUCGAAGACUGUAUAUUUAUCGAGUAUUCGUCAAAUAUUCAUCGAAUAUUUAGGCAAGCAUAAGUAUUCAUCGAAUAUUUUGGCAACGUUUUCGUUCGUUCGUAAUAAAUCGUCAAAUAAGAGCUUUACUCGACGCGCCGCUUUACACGUUUUAAACGUAAGAAAUAAGAAUAUAAGAAAAAAAAUUAGAAAGUAUUUUUAAAGAAAGAAAAAAACACUCUUACAUAUAUUUUAAUAAGUUUCCUUCCAACCAUGUCGACCGGGAGAGUCAUAUACCGAAUUGCUUGUUUUACAAAUUUACGUUCGUAAGAAAUGUAAUUUUCCUCGCGAUCGAAUAUCGGAGAGCUUUUCCAUACGUAAUUCAUUGUUGCAUCGUAGUUGCGAUUCUCGAUAAAGAAAAAAAAAUGUAUUUCUUCUUUUUACGGGAAAGAUUGUUUUCCAACUUAUUGCGCAUGGAUGCGCCUGUUCCUUUAGAACUAUUCGUCUAACGUUUAGUAGAUCUGUCACUUCAACCAUCUCUUCCCAAAAGAUCUACUUGUCACGUUUCGAAUAGAAUCGCUAAUCGACUACCUCGAAUUCCUGCAUGAUGUUUUAUUGUUUUCCGUUACGAUUAUUCCGACAAAACAAUAGUUGGUUACGGUAUCUUCUAAGUACUGACGCAGGGAUUUGAGGGACGGCCGAGAGAGAAAGAGAGUGAAUGUGUAUGUGUGUGUGCGUGAGAGGGAGAGAGAGAGAGAGAGAGAGAGAGAGAGAGGAGAGAAAGAAAGAUAGAAGAAGAUAGAAAAAAAGAGGAAACCAAAAUGUAGUUUGUACAUAUUAUGCAAUAUAACAAUUUCGUAAUAAUCUGUUAUUAUUGUUAAAUUUACGCGAGGAGCGUUAACAAGAUUAUAAACAUUUCUACCGUCGAUAUUCGUUGUAGGAAUAACAUGUCGAAAAUCGGGUCUCUACCGGUUUUAGUUCGCCGAAUCAAUCUUUAUUCGAUGCAUUUUCUUUCGCGUUUAGGAACGCCUAAGCAUGUGCAUAGCAUAAGUAAUAACAAGAAAUACACACACGCACAUGCACAGACACACGUUAGAUAUGAGUACUUAUGUACAUACUCAAAUUCGCGCGCGGAGUUGAUCGAGCUGCUUCGCCCGGAUUUUACGUAUUUUUUCUUUCAAUUUUUUCCUUUUCUUAUUUUUUUAUAGAUUUCGUUUUAAUUUUCGUAUGUUACCGUCAACACGCGUCUUAGAUUUCUUAGAAGUCGACUGUCUCUCAUCCUUUUCUUUUUUUCCUUUUUCUUCUCGUGGCUUCACCAUCUUCGUUCCCAUUGUCCAUCCGUAACGAAUUUGUAACUCAUGCUGCUUCGCGACAGUCCGAAAAAUCGACCACGGAGAAAGAAAAGGGGCGAAAGAGAUUUCGAUCUGGCGUAAUAGAAAGUCUCUAUCCAAUAAGGAUAAUCAGAUCAGGUUCCCCGCUUGCGUACCGCGAAUUUAAUUGAAUUCCCCCGCGAAUUAAUAGUUACGCCUGAUGAUGAUCCUGGGUAGAAUCGGUCAGUGAAUCGAAUCUACCUGCCUUCGUUUCUU